UGUAUGCAAGCGCUAAAUAUUGUACUGUUGUUAUAGGGCAGUCAUUGCUAUUAAUUCUCUUGAAUCAGCUGCACCUGUUACUCUCCUUCUGUUUUGCUUGCCCAGCCGCCCAGCCUUGCUCCUCAUUAUCACUUCUUCUGCCUGUUAUGUGCUGAGAUUGCUUUGUGUCUGUUAAAACUUUACAUCAAGCUGUACAAAUUUACCAAAUGCUUUACCUGCAUUGCAAUGGUUUUCCGUGUUUUUACUAUGCUUUAUUACACUUGGCUAUACUAUGGAGGACUUUUAUAAGGGUAACUGCAGCAAUAGGAGAAUACCCCUUGAAAUCGGGAUUAGUCCUGUCAUGUUAUAUGUAAUUACUGCUUAUUUUUUUAGAGCCACCUAGUGGUCGUUUAAGGACAUUCAGGUUAUUUCUAUUACAAUUCAUUGCAUUUUCUUUAUUGGCCAAUUGAAGUCAUGUGACUUAGAGGUCAUAGUUCAGACCUGCCAUUUUUAUUAGUAUUUACAAGUAAACAUACAGUAAGCAUUGCAAUCUACUGCCAUCUGACCGUGCUGAGCCUUGGAGAAGCUUUGCUUUUUCACAUUGUCACGGAGUGGAUAAUGAGAAUCAAGACAUUCAAGUAAAGACAUCUUUAUUUUACUUCUGCGCCUGAUUCGUCAUUUAAGCUCCUCAUGUUUAGCUAUCUGUCGAUUCAUGCCAAGUUACGCAUGCAAGGGACAGAAUAGUGAAAAAGCAGCAUCACGGCGGGCUCUGCACAGUAGUUUCAAGGAAAUCAGACCACAGUUAAAAACAGCUACCACUCGUUCUCCCUCUGCUUCCAAAUUCAUCACGCUCCUUUGACCUAAGAAAGGUCAACAAGUAAGAUGACAGACAACGGGGGUAAAAAGGAGAUGCAGGAAGCACCUCAACUCAAAGAUACCGCAGAUCUGCAGCAGUCACUGGAGACCAGGUCGGUUGUAUCUGUUUCUUCCAAAGCAUCUAGCAAAUCAGUCAUAUCUAGUUCUUCCAGAGGAUCUAGCAAGUUAUCUGCUUCUAUGACAGCAGCUAAAGCACGCGCUAGAGUGGAAGCUGCACGCGCUCGCUCUGCCUUUGUUAAGAGGGAAACAGAAGUUAUGGUAGAAAAGGCCCAAUUGAAAGUACAAGAGGCUCAUAUGGAAGCCGCUUUAGCUAUUCUGCAACAUGAAAAGGAAGUUGCUGCAGCCACGGCAGAGGCCGAAGUUCUCGAAAUCGCGGCAGCAGAACUGGAGCAAGGAGAAGACGGUAGGAAAGUGGACAUUGGAUUCACCCCUCACGAUUCAAAGAAGCUCACCUCAGAUUACGUUGAGCAUCACUCCAAACUACAUUCAAGUCAGCUGUCGCUGCAUAGCCUGGAACCAUUCACACCGCCACUUCAACUACAUGACGACUGCAGUGAUCAAGUCCAAACAGAUGCACUUCACCACAUCACUCGUGCCGGUGACAGACCAAGGCAGAACCCCAAACCAAACAAGCUCCCUUUAAGAGACGUAAGCGGGGAUAACAUGCACCUGCCAGCAGCCCAUUUCGACCCUGCUCUACAGCCACGCACGCCAUUUCCCAGCAAGGCAAUACCACAGGUACCCACUCACAACACAACAGGUAUGAAUGACAUUGCAAUGUACUUAGUGCGCCGUGAGCUCGUGAACUCUGGGCUCGUCAAGUUCGAUGACUGCCCAGAGAAUUACUGGGCUUGGAAGUCUUCUUUCACCAAUGCAAUGGAAGGUCUGCAUUUAACCGCCAGCGAAGAGCUCGAUCUCCUAACAAAGUGGUUAGGGCCUCAAUCUUCAGAACACGUGAAGAGGAUCAGAGCUGUUCAUGUCAGUCAACCGGCCGCUGGGCUUAAGAUGGCUUGGGAGCGCUUGGAGGAGUGCUACGGCUCACCUGAGGUAAUAGAAAAGGCUCUUUUUGAGAAGUUGGAGAAGUUUCCCAAGAUCAGCAAUAAAGAUCCCCUAAAACUUAGAGAGCUUGGAGAUCUGCUGCGAGAAUUAGAGUGUGCCAAGUCAGAGGGCUACCUACCUGGGCUCACCUACCUGGACACUGCACGGGGCGUCAACCCUAUUGUAGAGAAGUUGCCAUAUGGGCUACAAGAGAAAUGGAUGGCGCGGGGAUCUCAGUACAAGCGACAGUUCCAUGUUCCAUUUCCUCCAUUCUCAUUCUUUACCAGUUUCGUUUGCAGAGAAGCUCACACCAGAAAUGAUCCCAGCUUCAACCUUUGCUCAGCUAGUGCAAGUCCAUUAAGGAGUGAGCUGCCUGGUAAAAGGUACGGACACACUAAGAGCCAUGUCUCUGCACACAAGACAGAGAUCACCCCUACACCUACCUCCAGUCGUACUGAGAGCCCUAAAGGUAGGCCAGAUGUGGACAGACAAUGCCCUAUUCACAAAAAGCCUCAUCCUCUGAAGCGUUGCCGAGGCUUCCGAAGUAAGACCCUUGAAGAGCGGAAAGCAUUCCUCAAAGAAAAUGGAACCUGUUUCAGAUGCUGCUCAUCUAAUAAUCACUUUGCGAAGGACUGCAAGGUAGCUGUCCAGUGCAAAGAAUGUAACAGCGAUAGACAUGUCACAGCCCUCCACCCUGGUCCAGCCCCUUGGACCUUAAAAGGCCCAGACUCAGAGCAUGGCGGGGAGGAAGAAGGAGAGAAACCCCCAUCCGAUGUCAACUCCAAAUGCACAGAAGUCUGUGGAGAAGGCCUAAGCCCUAAGUCAUGCUCUAAAAUCUGCCUGAUAAAGGUGUUCCCAAAAGGUAAUUCAGAGAGGUCAGCAAGAGUAUAUGCAAUCCUCGACGACCAGAGCAAUAAGUCACUUGCCAGGUCUGAGUUCUUUGACCUAUUCAACCUCGAAGGGACAGACUCUCCCUACACUCUUCGCACAUGUUCAGGAGUCACAGAGACGUCUGGGAGAAGAGCCACUGGUUUCCUUGCUGAGUCUUUAGAUGGAGGGACGAGUGUGCUACUUCCCACGCUCAUUGAGUGCAAUCAUAUGCCGGAUGAUAGGUCAGAGAUACCCACUCCAGAGGCUGCGAAACACCACUCCCAUAUGAAGUCUAUUGCUCACCUUAUCCCGGCACUAGACCCGAAUGCCCAGAUUCUCCUCUUACUGGGGCGUGACAUCCUGCAGGUCCAUAAGGUCAGAGAACAGCGCAAUGGCCCACACAAUGCCCCAUAUGCUCAAAGACUCGACCUUGGAUGGGUCGUGGUCGGCGACGUCUGUUUGGGUACAGCGCACAAGCUAGGAACGGUCAAAACAUAUCGGACAAAUGUUCUCGACAAUGGUCACCCAUCACACUUCAGUCCAUGCCCAAACCAUCUCUACUUGAAGGAGAAGUUCGCCGCAAAGAAUAGCUAUCAAACUCUUCCUUCGUACAGCCUUGCCUUGGACUCCAAAGACAGCACACUGGGAACCACAAUCUUUGAGAGAACGAAGGACGACGAAAAGAUGGCACCUUCAAUCGAAGACAGGCUAUUCCUAGAGUUGAUGGACAAGGAGAUGUUCAUGGAUGACAGUAACAGCUGGGUGGCACCUCUUCCGUUUAGAUCACCUAGGCCUCACCUGCCUAACAACAGAGAGCAAGCUCUCAGCCGUCUUGCAUCUCUCUGUCGCACGCUGGAGAAAAAGCCUGAAAUGAAGGACCACUUUGUGGCUUUCAUGCAGAAGAUCUUUGACCGUGACCACGCUGAGCAAGCUCCACCACUGAAAGAGGGUGAAGAAUGCUGGUACCUGCCGACAUUUGGGGUGUACCAUCCACGUAAGCCAGGUCAGAUUAGGGUCGUGUUUGACUCCAGCGCUCAGCAUCUUGGCGUUUCAUUAAACGACGUGCUGUUGACCGGCCCAAACCUGAACAACAGCCUACUAGGGGUCCUGUUACGCUUCAGAUGUGAACGAGUUGCCAUUACUGCAGAUAUCGAGCAGAUGUUUCACAGCUUUCUUGUCAGGGAAGAUCACAGGAACUUCCUCAGAUUCCUAUGGUACAGAGACAACGACUCCAGCAAAGACAUUAUCGAGUACAGGAUGAAGGUGCAUGUAUUCGGUAAUAGCCCCUCACCUGCCGUCGCAGUCUAUGGUCUCAGGUGUGCUGCAAGUCAUGAAGAAGUUGAGUAUGGCGCGGAUGUCAGGCACUUCGUAGAGAGGGACUUCUAUGUUGACGACGGGCUCAAGUCUUUGCCCACUGCUGCUGAGGCUAUUGACCUGCUCAAGAGGACACAGAAAGCACUUGCCAUCUCCAACCUGAGACUCCAUAAGGUAGCAUCAAAUAGUGCCAUGGUCAUGGAAGCCUUUCCCUCAGACGAUCAUGCGAAGGAUCUAAAGGAUUUAGAUCUUGAUGUUGACUCACCCCCCGUACAGCGCAGUCUUGGAUUGAGCUGGAACCUCAAACGGGAUGCAUUUACAUUCUGCGUAACAACAAGUGAAAAGCCAUUCACACGUAGAGGUGUCUUAGCGACCAUCAACAGCCUGUUCGACCCUCUUGGCUUUGUGGCACCCAUUACCAUUCAAGGUAAACUCUUACUACGAGAACUCACUAAUGUGGCCCUUGACUGGGACACUCCUCUCCCACAGGAAAAGGAGGCUGAAUGGAAUGCAUGGAGGGACUCCUUGCAAGACCUUCAACAGUUUGAAACACCUCGUGCUUACACUGCAACCUUCCUCUCGAAAGCUCAAAGGAAAGAAAUUCACAUCUUCUCAGAUGCUUCAGUAAAGGCCAUAGCUGCUGUAGCAUAUCUGAGGGUAAUGGAUCACGAAGGAGUAUGGCAUGUUGGUUUCAUCCUAGGAAGGGCAAAGUUGGCUCCGCAGUCCGUCCACACAAUCCCAAGAUUGGAGCUAGGUGCUGCCGUUCUGGCAGUUGAGGUCGCAGAGCUGAUCGUAUGCGAGAUGGACAUCGAGCUAGGUGCUGUGGAGUUCUAUACAGAUAGCAAAGUGGUGUUGGGGUACAUCUGUAACCAAACCAGAAGGUUCUAUGUGUACGUCAGCAAUAGAGUACAACGGAUCAGAAGGUUCUCACGUCCUGAACAGUGGCACUAUGUUCAUACAGCCCAGAAUCCAGCGGAUAUUGCUACACGGUCUGUGCCCGCUGCUCACUUGUCCCAAACUACAUGGCUUACAGGACCUGCUUUCCUGUUGCAUACUGGGGAGACUCGUACCACAGAAGAGAUGUCGUACGAACUCAUCGAUCCUGAGUCGGACGUAGAGGUACGUUCACAUGUCACUACAUGUCAGAAUAUUGGUCUCGGAGCCUAUCGCUUUGGACGGUUUUCCUCUUGGAAAUCCCUCACACGCGCCGUGGCUUCCCUCGUCCAUAUCAGCCAUUGUUACAAGACUACUGACCACGAGCAGAAAGAGAACUGCAAUGGCUGGCAUCACUGCACCAAGCCUCAUACAAGUGAUGAGCUUGCCAAAGCCAAAGCUGUCAUUAUUGGAUGCACCCAAAGAGAGGCCUAUAAGGUGGAAUUUACCUGCUUGGAAAAGGGAAAGGAAAUUCCAAAAAACAGUCCAUUGAGAAAGCUCAACCCCAUCAUUGAUGAAGAGGGCCUCCUGAGGAUUGGAGGACGGCUAAAACAUUCUGCCCUAAACACAGCAGAGAAACACCCCCUCAUCAUACCUGGCCGCAGUCAUGUUGCUACUCUACUCACAAACUACUACCAUGAAAGAGUCAAGCAUCAGGGCCGCGUUUUCACAGAGGGAGCUAUCCGAACAGGAGGGAUCUGGAUUGUCGGAGCAAAGAGGUGCAUCAACAGUAACCUCCGCAAGUGUGUCACUUGCAAAAAACUAAGUGGAAGGACAGCAGAGCAGAAGAUGGCAGACCUCCCCUCAGACCGCCUUAGCGCAGAACCACCCUUUACAUACGUCGGACUGGAUGUGUUCGGCCCCUGGACCAUCGCUUCUCGCCGCACACGAGGAGGUCAAGCCAACAGUAAAAGGUGGGCAGUGCUCUUUACCUGCAUGAGCGUUCGAGCUGUGCAUAUUGAAUUGAUUGAGUCCAUGGACACGUCUAGUUUUAUCAACGCAUUGCGACGAUUCUUCGCUCUUCGUGGGCCCGCAAAGCAGAUCAGGUCAGACUGUGGCACAAAUUUCAUAGGGGCUUGCAAAGAACUGAAGAUUCUUCUGGCUGACACCAACAAACCCAGUGUGAGAAAGUACUUAGGUGAGGAGGGCUGCACCUGGAUCUUUAACCCACCGCAUUCAUCCCACAUGGGCGGAGCUUGGGAACGUAUGAUUGGGAUCUCAAGACGCAUACUGGACUCCAUGCUCCAACAAAUUGGUCCCUCUCGCCUCACUCAUGAGGUGCUGUCCACCCUCAUGGCAGAAGUUACAACAAUAAUGAAUGCCAGACCCUUGACGCCCAUUUCCACGGAUCCAGACUCACCUUUCCUGCUGACCCCUGCUAUGGUUCUCACUCAAAAGGUCUGCACUCCUUUACCACCUCCGGGAGCCUUUGACAACACAGAUCUCUACCGUCAGCAGUGGAAGAAAGUUCAGCAUCUCGCUAACACCUUUUGGGAGAGGUGGAGGCGAGAAUACUUAGCAACUCUCCAGAGUCGCAGCAAAUGGCAAGAGGAUCGUCCCAACAUUAAAGUGGGCGACCUGGUCCUGCUAAAAGAUAGCCAAGUAAAGCGGAACGAGUGGCCCUUGGCGCUCGUCACAGAGGCAUUUCUUGACAGUGACGGAAAGGUUAGGAAGGUUGAGCUGAAAGUCACUAAACAUGGAACGCCAAGAACCUUCUUCAGGCCAGUUUCCGAAGUGGUACUUCUCAUGUCACCAUAGAGAUGGUCUUUAUGGGACUUUGCAUCGCCUCAUCUUAGUUUAUGCCACAUUCCCUACUACCUUACGGUAUAUGUUGAAAAAUUAAUAGUGGUAUUUGUUCAAUACCAGGCGGGGAGUGUCAUGUUAUAUGUAAUUACUGCUUAUUUUUUUAGAGCCACCUAGUGGUCGUUUAAGGACAUUCAGGUUAUUUCUAUUACAAUUCAUUGCAUUUUCUUUAUUGGCCAAUUGAAGUCAUGUGACUUAGAGGUCAUAGUUCAGACCUGCCAUUUUUAUUAGUAUUUACAAGUAAACAUACAGUAAGCAUUGCAAUCUACUGCCAUCUGACCGUGCUGAGCCUUGGAGAAGCUUUGCUUUUUCACAUUGUCACGGAGUGGAUAAUGAGAAUCAAGACAUUCAAGUAAAGACAUCUUUAUUUUACUUCUGCGCCUGAUUCGUCAUUUAAGCUCCUCAUGUUUAGCUAUCUGUCGAUUCAUGCCAAGUUACGCAUGCAAGGGACAGAAUAAGUCCUGUGAAAUAGCGCAUACCUUGUCGUUACGUGACCAACAGUGUGAUUUGUACACACUACUAUAUGAAAUAUUGCUUUCUAUGUAUCGGUGUCAAUAUUUUUAUUUGAAUGAUUUCAAAAAGCGUUUAUAUUUCAUCUUGUUUUCAACAAUACUGAAUUAAACAAAACAAAGUAUCGCUAAUUUCAUUCAUGUGUUCGUGUUUACAAGGAUUCCGACAUUGUCGCUAUAAUCAAAUAAGUCUGAACAACAGAAUAGAAAAGGAGGUGGAAGUCUUUGAAAUUAUGUAUGUUCGCGCACAGACCAGUAUACAUUCCUCAUGUAAACAGCAACCGAGUUUGAUUCAUGAAACUACCAGGUGGGGGACGCGAGUCCUGGUGCGAGCUGCGCAGUUCAACUGCGCAGAAUCAAUCCGAAAGCACCUUUGAAGUUUACAGUCCUGUUCGGCUUCUUUCAAUGACCGAAAAACUAGAGCAGAGUUUAGGCAUAUGUUUUGUGACAAAAUGAACAUAAGUAAAUAACAAUAAUUUUUAACAGCCUACUAAUUCGACUGACAGUGCUAUAUUAAUAAAAUGAAAUGACAUUUUAAGUAAAGCAGCUUAUAAAUCAUCCUAGUAACAGAGCUUUACUAGAAAACAAAGGGUUUGUACUAUGCGACAAUUCGGAAGUGUUUUAAAAGUCAAAAUCGUUUUGUUGAUCCUGUUUCUUCUUUCUUUUAUCACACCAUUGAUCUAUGUAUGGUUAAUUGAAGAUAGGAUUGUGAUCCCUAUGCAAGUUCAUAAGGAUUUUGAACGAAGUGUG